AUGGUUCGUCAAUUAUUACCCCUGCUUGAGAGAGCGGCGGAUGGCCGCAUUAUUAUUGUCACCAGCGGUUAUUAUAAGCAGGCUACGGAACUUCUUACCCGCAAAGAAGUGAUGGGCGAAUCAAUGUGGGAUUACACCGCACAGAAGGCCUACUCGAACAGCAAAAUGGCAAAUUGUCUGUUUACGAAGGAACUCAGUUGGCGGCUUCAACAACGGGACAGCCCAGUUCAAGCGUAUGCCAUACGCCCGGGCUUCGUCCGCGGCACCGAGUUGGGCAGGCAGACAAACUGGCUGCUGAGGACGAUCGCCUCGCCGCUAAUCUGGGCCGUUUCCUGUGAUCUCGAUCAGGGGAUUUCUGGAAUCGUGCACUGCGCCACCGAAUCACAAGACGUUUUGGCGCCCGGUGGAUUGUAUUAUGGGAAGACCCUGGAGACCUAUGUGGAUACGGUCAACAAGGAAAAUCAGGAGAAGCUUUGGCGCCAAUGUGAGCGCGUCGAGUCACUCGUCGCCAAACGAUCGCACGGAAAAAUGCCCGAGCGCCAAUUCGACUGGCCCAGCAUCGAACACCCCGAAAAGGAUGUUCCCGUG